AUGGGCGAAAUUGUCCUUAUAAGAAGCUGUCUAUCCGGGAGGCUUUUUCCCAUCACAGCUCUCAUCCACAAGGAAAUUUUGAGUACUGCAGAAGUCUCCGCCAUUAUCAUGUCAGCAAUUGCGAACCAGAUUCAAUACCACGACGCUUUUGCCCAUAAGAAACUUCACCAGCAACAAAAGAAACAAGCUCAAGCAGGAGGAGGAGCUCUGAACUCGCACCCGUACGAUCCACAAUCGGAUAUCAAUAUUAUUAGCAAAUUCCAACUCGAAGAUCCGUUUAAUCUGCACAACAAUAACAAUAAAAACGACAACGACAACAACAACGAUUUCCUCCAGUAUCUCUCCAACGCCAACGAAACCCACCACCACCCAGACCAAGAAGAUGCUGUGGACAACCAGUCCCUUUACAGCACACCUCUCGGCAAAAACCAAAUCGAAUCACCGACAGCGACAGCGACAGCGACAACAGCAAUCGAUACUCCACUUCCCUCCAGCGCCAAGAAGCAGCAGCAGGAGAAGAAGAAGGUCGGGAGUCUCGACGACGACGAUAAUGGCUUCGACACCCCCUCGAAGGACUCUAACGAGCACAACAACAAGAACAAGAUCGUCGACGACGACCUCUCCCAGAAGAACUUGUCCGACUUGCCAGAGUCGAAGUCGAAGUCGCAGCUGGUCGAGAGAGAGAAGCCCGAGAAACAGUAUAGCGGACAGAGCUCGGAGGAGUCAGCAGCAGCAGAAACAGCGGCUGAGAAGUCCACCUCCUCCUCCUCCGCAUUCUCUACUGAGGAGUCCAAUAAUGAGGAGUCCUCCACCGAGGAGGAGAAGGAGCUACUACUCACCCAGCAGCAGCAGCAGCAGCAGCAGCAGCAGCAGCAAAAGUCCUCCUCUGAAGAAGAGAAAACCACUUCCAUUGCCAUUGAGUCCGAGGGAAGAGAUGUAUCAUCAUCGCAUGAGGAGGGAGCGGGAGAGACAAACGAUUCAGACGAAAACGAUUCAGACGAAGACGAUGACACGACCGUGAUUGUGACGUUGAGAGAGACUGAAAUUGCUCCUCCUACUGCUGGUGCUGUGAAUACUACUACUACUACUACUACUGGUGAGGCGGGGGAGGGGGAGAAGAAGGAAGAGGAGAAGGGGGAGUAG